UAUUUGAGAUCGGGGGAAAGGGCCACAUGUUGUCACAAAUCCAGACCAUGCAGAGCUCCAGGCUGCUGAGCGGAGCGCUCAUCUGCGCGCUGCUGCUGCUCUCCAGCGGCACCGCCGGGGCGCAGGGACUUCUGGACGCAGAGUCCGAGGAGGAGCUGAGCCCCAGAGCACUACGGGAUUUCUACCCAAAAGGACCAAACCUGACCAGUGAGAAGCAGCUGCUUGGCGCUCUCCAAGAAGUUCUUGAAAAGCUGCAGGCAAAGCGACUUCCUUCAUGGGAAAAGAAAUUUGGCCAAGUCCCAACGUGUGAUGUUGGAGAGCAGUGCGCGGUGAGGAAAGGCGCACGAAUCGGGAAGAUGUGCGACUGUCCCCGGGGAGCUUUCUGCAACUUCUUCCUGCUGAAGUGCUUAUGAGCCUCUCCGGAUCUGAAUGUAGCUUUGAAAAAAUAGGAGCAAAAUGAAGAGGAAAUUCACUCUGAAUCACUUUGUUAUUAGGCUCAGAUUUUUCUUAACUGCACAGCUCAGCGCAGCUGGAGUGACUCUAAAAUUACAAAGAACUGUAGAAGUUUUAUUAUUAAGAGUAAAACAUUUCACAUCAUUCUACAGAAAGCAUCACUGUUAGGUUCCCAAGAGGAUGGUGGUGUUGUAGUUUCUGUAAAUAAAUAUUCAGAUCCACUUUAACAUCAAUAAAUUCACCUGAGGGACCAUAAACACACUGUAAAGUAAAACCAGCAAUAUUAUGGGAACAUAUAUCCUUCAUCUGCUGUGUUUUAAACUUGUUUUGUUUCAGUCAAAUGUCUUGUGUUUGUCUCAUGCUAAUAAACAGUGAAUCCUGUUGUUUUGUAAAGCAGAGCAGUGG